AUGGAGAAUACCUAUCAAAACCCUAUUAUUCCGGGCUUCAACCCUGACCCCUCUAUAAUUCGCUCAGGUUCGGAUUUCUUUCUGAUAACUUCGUCAUUUGAAUAUUACCCAGGAAUACCAAUCUACCACAGCAAAGAUUUAAUAUGUUGGAAUCUCAUUGGCCAUGCACUCACUCGUCGAAGUCAACUCGACAUCCGUACACCUGAGCCUGGGGAGGGAUUUGGGCACCAACGAUCCGAUGAUAGGGUCUGGCCAAGAGGAUUUUACGUCAAGACCAAUAAUAUCUGGGAUGAAGAAUCGUGGUCCGAUCCUGUGUUUUUUGACCAAGUUGGUUUUGACCAAGACCUUUUCUGGGACAAUAAUGAUACCGUCUACCUCUCUUCGACAUAUCGUAAAUUACAACGCACACCCUGUGAUCCACCGCUCAAGGACUUUGCUAUCCACGUUUGCACUGUCGACCUGGCCACUGGCAACUCGACUUCCCAGCCAAAACUAAUCAGGGAAUCGUCAUCUGGUGUUGCAGAAGGGUCGCAUAUUCUUAAAAGGGGCAAGUAUUAUUACCUUUUUACAGCAGAGGGCGGCACUGAAUCAGGGCAUUGCGAGUGGGUUAGUCGGUCUGAAAAGGGUCCGUUCGGACCUUGGGAGUUGGCGCCCAAUAACCCCUUGUGGAGGAAUGGAUCUGAAGAUGAGGUUCAGAAUAUUGGUCAUGCAGACUUUGUGGAAGAUACCAAUGGACGGUGGUGGGCUGUUUUCCUUGGUGUUAGGCCAGUGAAGUCAGGCAACCAAUGGCGAACAUCUGUUUUUGGUCGAGAGAGUUUUCUGGUUCCAAUGACCUGGGAGGGAGAGUGGCCCGUGGUGAAUGGAGGUCAAAAGGCCACUCUCCGUGGCACUGGUCCUAGCUUAUACCUCCUUGAACAUGCGGUGGCGUGGCGGGAUGAUUUCACACAGUCGAAACUGGUUCUGGGAUGGUAUCGCAAAAAUACCCCAACCAAAGUCGACUUCUCAUUGACUGAAAAUCCGGGAAAUCUCCGCUUGUAUGGUGGGCCAUACACUCUAAGUGUACCCACCUGUCCAACCCUCUUCCUCCGCAAGCAAACACGUCCUGUUACAACUUGGCAAACUCGCAUAUCGUUCCUGCCAGAAUCCCCAAAUACUGAAGCGGGGACAGUAGUUUGGUGGAAUUAUUUCACGUAUAGCAGUGUCGGUAUCAGGAUGUCUCCGGCCGAUAGCAGCAAGAGAAUACUCAGGUUUAGGCCAGCCACGGGGGACGAAGUAACGAUGGAAUUGAAGAGUCAGACUUCAGAUGUCAAGUUGGUUGUUGCCUGCAGCCAAGAUCAGUAUACUUUUGGGUUUUUUGAGCUCUCAAAUGUGGCGAACGAAGAGGAAGCUCCAGUGCAGUGGAUUGGUGGAGUUGGAGCUGAAGCCAUGACAGCAAAUCCCCCAGUCGGCCAACCCUUCACAGGCAUGAUGCUGGGUCUAUAUGCAUUUGGAGAGCUUGAACGUUGCCUCGUUCCCGCAGAUUUCAAGUACGCCGAGUUUUGUUAG